CUUAUUUUAUAUUUUAGGAGUGUAGUCAUCUUUCAAUCAUUUGGCAGGCCGCAAUUCAACGAGACAGUGUGUUGUUCGGGUUUUAAUAACAUUAUAAGACGCUGCUGUAGUUUUUAAGGGAAGUCGCCCAGUAUGGGCUCGGAGGACAUUAUGUUCAAGUUUUUCUUCCUGGUGACGUGUACCACUGUUAUGUCCGAUGUCACCGUUGAUCCUUUUGACUCCAAAUGGCGUUGUCAGAAAACUCCGGAAUGGAAAAUCGAAAAUCAUAAUCCUUUGUCAGAGUCUAUGGGCAGUGUCACAAUUGUAGCCCUCUUAUCAGCUAGCUGAGGCUUCUGUCUGUCGCAGGCUUCCAGUUUGGAGGCACUCCGACAGACAUUUAUUUCUGAAGAUAAACAUGAUGUGAAAUUCAUGAUCGUCAACAGCAAAGAACUCUGGUCUAUAAUCUAUAAAUCAGAGCUAGAAAAACGUACAUAUAUUCCUGUGUACCAAGACAGACCAUUGUUAAAUAUCUGGAACACUCUUGAGGGAGCUAAAGAUGACUUUCUGAUUUAUGAUAGGUGUGGACUGUUGAACUAUCACAUUCGCAUGCCGUACGCAUAUCUUGGCUUCGGUAUUGUGGAGACUGCGAUCCGCGAAAUACAUACUGGUUUGGGCAUCUGUCAGAAUUGCACUGAGUCGGUGCCCAUUGUCACAACGGAUUCUCCAGUCAUUAUCACCGAUGCUACUACCGAUGUCACCGAUGUAACCGGUGUCACUGAUGUCACCAGUGUUGGCACAACGAUUUUCCAGACGGGGAAUCUGAUGUCCUCGACGGGCCCCUUCGCCCUCCCACCUAGACGUAAAAAGGUGGGCGUUGUCGAGCGUCGCUCAAAAGAAGAAAAAAAUAAGACAAUUUAGGGUUUCAAAGGCAUAUUUAAUCGAUUUUGGAGACUUGUAAUGUGUAGAAAAUACAUAUGGGUCUUUUUUUUUCUUUUUUUUUUAUGGGUCUUUUUUUUUUUUUUUUUUUUUUUUUUUUGCUCUCCCCCUGUCGCCCGCUGGCGCCACCCCUGGAUGUCACUGAUUUGUAGAUGCUAGAAAAUUACCUAUAUACAGCACUCUAACUACGUUGAUAACAAUGAAAUACGAUUAUGAUCAUGAUAAUGUUGAUAACGAUAACAACUUUUAAACCUCAAUUUUCCUUGUUUUAUUUUUGUUUAUUUCUUUUGAAAAUUUUCUAUAAUAAACUAUACUUUGAUGCAUAUGUACACUUAAUUAGCCCUAAACUUGAGGAGUAUGCCUAACACCUCCACUACUAAUGUUGUAUCUUCAACUUGCUUCUAUGACGAAUUCUUGUCAAAUCCCUCCAGGAAUCAGGAAAUCUGAUGUGUCUGCAUGUUCAAAGAGAUCAAUAGUAGAGAGUAGCUGUUGCACAAAUCAAUAAAUUUAAGUAUAGUCAA